UUUUAUCCAGUCCUGUGUAUUUUUUUUAAUUGACUAAAUAAAUAAAAUUAUAUCACUUGAUAUGCAUAUUUAUUAUACGGGAUUUUUAGUUUUUAUCGCACCAUUUUCGGAGGCGCUAUAUACAUAUCAAUCUCAAACGCCGAAAAAAUAUGUUAAUUACCAUUCGAAUCCCUACGUCUCGGCAUUCGUUACCGGCAAAACUUCAAACACGCUGGGAGAUAUUUUUUUAAAGUUUCAUCAAAAAAUUAACCGCCAAGACAACUUUCAAAUUUCGGUGCAAAUUACUAAUGAGCAAGGUGCAGUUAUUAUGGAUAUUAUUCACGGAAUUAAUUUAUGUGACCAGCUCGACAUUGAAUUAAUGAACCUUCAACCUUUUUCACACAGCAAUGUCUUCGGUUUGACUGGGCUUCAGUGUCCGAUUGAUUCAAAAGAUGUCCGUGAUAUGAUAAAAGUGCUACCAUUUUACUGGCCAGAAAAUCAUUAUUUUCCAAUAGAAGUCGGCUGCGGAGUACGUAAUUAUCAAGUGACCCUAUCAAAAUGUCUUGGCGCAGGUUUCGCAUGUAAAACUUUAAUCCAAAGCCGCGUAAAGUCAAAUUUUGAAUCAGAAAGUUGUCUAAAACAAUCUUUUCUACUGAUAGACUUAAUAAUGAUUAAAAAAGGCCCCAAGAGUCUUGAAAUAAAAAGCGUAAACAUUCUCGAUCGCAAGUUAACAAAAGUGAGUGACUUUGCUCAAGACAACAUCGUGGGUACUCAAGUGGAUAAAAUGGACGUGAUUGACGCCGAAACUAAUACAAUCGCGAUAGUUAAUGACAAUAACAUUGAGCUGGUAGAUACCGGAGCUGAAAAAUAUCAUGCAGUGAAUGUUAGAGUAGAUAAAAUUAUGCUCGAUACCGACACAAAUAAUGCUGAGCUAACCACCGCUAAUGCUAAAAAAGUCGAAACUUCAGCUGAUGACGUAAAGCUGAUUUCCGGAUCGGAUUCCGACGAUAAUAACUUGGGUCUAAUAGAAACGGAGACGGAAAAACACAAACUACUCGAUGUCUCGGCGCAAGACAUCCUGCUGGAAAAUAAUAAAGACGGAGGUCUAGAUGUCAUUGAUAAUCGAUUGGAGACAAUUAAACGAGACGACGAGAUAAAUUCAACCGCAGAUCUGUAUCAAGAUGAGUAACUAUACCCAUUAUAUAAAGUUACGGUACCGCUUAUCAGUAAAAAUCA